AUGUUCGUUGAUACUAUUGUUGAAAGAAAAUUCUUAGUUAAAGCAUUAAUUGAUACAACAUCUAAAUACAAUACUAUUAGCAGGUGCUUGUUCGAUAAACUUGAAGAAGAUUAUAGAAUACGUCAUAUCUGUGAUCCUGUUGAGAUUCUCUAUAGAGAUGUAAUAG